AUGACUUCCACUUUGCAAGAACAAGACGAGCCCGCUCCGGAGGAGCCCUCGAGUCUUUAUCUUCUGUCUACUGCUCUAUUUCAACACCAUUAUGAAGAUGCUCCGCGGAUCGAACACCUGGAACGUUCCUACCUUCGAGCCCAAGCACUUGGCAGACAUCAUGGAUUGGCAAUGCACGAUAUCAUCGCCCUGUCACCCAGGUUCUGGCAGGUACAUAAGGACUACAUGGCCUUUCGAGACACCGUAGCCCAGAUCAUUGUUAUGGUCCAGAUUAACAUUGUCGCCGGGACUGUUGCACUCUAUGCCGCCGUUCGACCAGAUCUGCAUCCUCUGAUGGAGAAUAUUCUCAACUUCGAUGUCAUUGGCUCAUUCAUGCUCACCGAGCUCGACCACGGAUGUGAUGCGAGAAAUAUCGAGACCACAGCGACUUUGCAGUCGGAUGGGAGUUUCGAUUUGCACACCCCUCACCCUGGAGCGUCUAAAUUCAUGCCACCAUCUAUGCCAGUUGCUAAUAUUCCUCGCCUUGGCAUCGUCUUCGCCCGUCUGAUAGUCCGCAACGAAGACCUAGGCAUGCGGGCCUUUAUAGUCCCCUUGGCGGAUAAAGCUCACAUGAGGCCUGGUGUACAGUCGAAACUUCUCCCACCAGCCUCCGGUGGACGAAUGCUCGACUACAGCCUCACUAGUUUCAACCACGUCCGAAUCCCAGGCCCAUCCAUGCUAGGCGACUUCACCAAACCAACCAACAUGCGCACGAGCUAUCUUUCCACGAUCCAGCGUAUUGGAACAGGCACUCUGGCGCUCAAUAUAUGGAUUGCGACAUUCCUUAAAGGUGCUGUCUACAUCGCUGGCAAGUACAGUCUGUCUCGCACAGUCCAGCAGGGACUGCACGGCGAACGCACACCGAUUAUGAGCUUCCGGACCCAGCAUCUCCCAAUCCUGCACGCGCUUGCCCACAUCGCGGUCUUGGAACCAUUCGCGGACUGGGUUGAAGAUCAUUACGUGGACGAGUCUCUCCAUCCCGAGGUGAGACACGGUCUAGGUGCCAUUCUCAAGGCAAUGUCUCUUCAGGUUGGACAGGGCAGCUUGGCGAAUCUGUCUGAGCGAAUUGGUGCCAGGGGGGCAUUCAUCCACAAUCAGAUUAGGGAGAUGGAGGCACUCGCGCGAUUCUGUGGUAUCGCCGAAGGAGACCUGCUUGUCCUGUCAAUCCGACUAGCAACAGAGAUUCCCAUAGACCGAUACUCCCUGCCCGAGCCCAGACACCCAGACUGCCUGCUCGCGCGCCACGAAACAGGCCUCCUAUUCGAGCUUCGAGAGGCGAUCCAUCGUAUUCCACACCCAUCCCACACGCACGACCCAGACCACAGCAACAUCGGCUUCCACCGCAGCGACGCAUACAACAAGCACAUCCUUCCGCGCUGCCGGCCCCUUGUCCUCGCCAUCGCCCACCGCAUGGCUUACGAAGCCGCCCUCGACGCAUCCAUCGACCCCAACCUCCUCGCUCUCUUCGAGGCUGAAAUGAUCCAGACCGAUCCCGCCUGGUACACCGAGCACCUCGGGCUCAGCCGAUCGACCCAGGCAGACAUGGAAGAGCGCGCGAUUGACGCCCUCUUCCCCCGAAUCAGGGAGCUAGUCGAUCGCCACGACGCCGUCGAGCCGUAUCUGACAGCACCGAUGAUGUCGUCGGCCAGAUGGGAUGCGUUUCAGGCUUCGUUGCCUACAUUCGAUGGCAGGGGAGGAGCGAGGCUGUGAUUUCAUCUUUCCGCGUCUGUUUCGUUUCGUUUCUUUUUGUGAGCGGAGAAAGGGGGCUUGAAGGCAGCGAAGAUUCAAGCCUGAGUCUGAAUAUUGAGUAUAGCGCCAAAAUGUCUAGUCUAAUGAGGCAAUU